UCGCCAAUGCCGCUGCCGGGAGGGCAGGAGCCUGGCUGAGCCGCCGCGCCAGCUCGGGGUUGGCUGCUGAUCGCGUCAGAGUCGGGGCGAGAGUCAGGUUGGGCUGGCAGGAGCUGUCGCUCCCUCGGUGAGCCGGUGAGGCAGUGGGAGUGGCUGACUCACCCUAGGCAACCCUAUGGAUGGACCUUCAUCAGCAUACUCAUUUGCCUGUCCUUCAUGUUCCAGAACUUCAUACCUAUUGUGCAAGGGGACCUGGGAAGCACAAUGGCUGACAAUAAAGCAAAGCCGACCAAACCUGCAAAUAAGACUCCUCCAAGGUCUCCUUCAGAUCCAACUAAGGACCGAGCUGCAAAACGAUUAUCCUGUGAUUCAAAUAGCUCCCAUGAGGGAGCUGUGGCAGGAGAAAUAAGUGCUCUGGAAGAGGCCUUUAGAAAAUUUGCUAUCCAUGGUGAUACAAGAGCCACAGGAAAAGAAAUGCAUGGGAAGAACUGGUCUAAGCUGUGUAAGGACUGUCAGGUGAUAGAUGGGAAGAAUGUGACAAUCACAGAUGUUGACAUUGUCUUCAGUAAAAUCAAGGGAAAGUCUUCUAGAACUAUUAGUUUUGAACAAUUUAAAGAAGCUCUUCAGGAACUCUCCAAGAAGCGAUUUAAAGAAAAAAGUGAUGAGGAAGCAAUUCAAGAAAUAUAUAAACUAAUUGAAGGAAAAGCACCAAUUAUAUCUGGAGUAACGAAAGCGAUUUCUUCUCCAACUGUGUCACGCCUUACAGAUACAACAAAAUUCACGGGUUCUCACAAAGAGAGGUUUGAUCCCAGUGGGAAAGGAAAAGGCAAAGCUGGCCGAGAAGAUCUGGUUGAUACUUCAGGAUAUGUAUCUGGCUAUAAGCAUGCAGGCACAUAUGAUCAUAAAGUACAAGGAAGCAAAAUUGUGACAUUAUAAAACCAAGAAAACAGGGUGACCCGAGAUUAAUGACAAAUUUACCUGAAGGUAGGCUACUGGAAGUACCUAUAUUGCAGAUACCUUAACUGUCUGACAUUAGCUGAUGAAGAAUCUGUUGAAUUUUAUGACAGGGAAUUAGCAGAAGUGAAUAUGUGACACCAAGUCUUCUUUUAUCAUUAAACAUGAAAAGGUCAGAUGAAACUUCAUCUUCAAGCACUCAUAAAGCUUCUAUGAUUCUACCCUCCAAGCUGAAAAGUGGACUCAAAAAGGAAAGAUUUUUGACUAUAGCACUUCUUAUAGAUGAAAUUUGGAGGCUAUACUACAGUUUCUUGGCUUCAUAGACAUACUGUACUACCUACAGUUAUUUUGCUCUCAGUUUACUUUUUACAUCAGCACACCUCUCUGCAGCUCCUGAGAUCAAUUUGUGUAUUUUUGGAUGGGAGAGCAGUACCAAACUGUCAUUGAGCUGUAUAAGCAUUUGUCUGAAGUCUUUUAUGCAGUUAUGCCUAAUCAUAAAGACUUCACAAACUUAAGCUAUGCCUGCGAUGUUUCACCUGCUGAAUAAAGUGUUGUCAUGCUUAAUAUACUGGGGUGCUUAAAGUACAGCAUUUUUUCACCAGAAUGAUAUGUGUUUAAUGCAGUUUUAUAAGCAAGCACCAUGGUUGGUGUGCAGAUGGAGGAAUGUAUGGGAUGAUUUCCUGUGUUGCAGAAAUAAAAUUGAGUUCUGAUUUUGCUAAAUUAGUGCUUUUGGGGUGAAAAUUACCAUGGUCUGCUAUUGCUGUGAAAAGCUGAAUGUUGUCUUGCUAACUCGGUAGUCUCAUUAACACAAACAUAGGAUUGGCUGGCAUAAUAAAUCUCAGAAGCCCAAACAGAGAUAUGGAGAACCAGAAGACACUGAAAAACACUGAAGAUCAACCUCAAACAUAGGUAUGGUUCAAAAUCUAAUAUGAGAAAUUGAUACAAAAAAAUAUAGCUUUAGUAUUUGUGAAUGAGGAGAUCUAAAUAACCUAAUGCCAGCCCUUCCUUGUUUCAUGAAUUCAAAGCGAGUUUCCAACCACCCUGGCUGUUACUGAGUUUUCCUGCAUGCUACUUGUUAUCACUUACCUACUUCUAUUUCUCUAAGUGCAUAUAAACACGUGAAUUUACUGUGUUCCACUAUGUGCCCCCUGUCACGGUGUUUUAUCUCCUCGCUUCUGCCUGCUGGACUCUUUAUCCUCUGAAAAGGACGACAUCCAGGUGACUGUUUGAAAGAAACAUGCAAGUGAUUACUUUGAGUGAAAAAACAUGCAUGGCUCUCUGCUUUUCCUUACUACACUGUCAUUAUGUGGCUUCACAAUAUCUGUAGGGAGAGCCAGGAUGGCAGUGGUCAUUCUGUACUCCACAUUGGCUGGGCAACCUGUUUUUACUGUGAGGUUUCAUGUCACACCUAGGGAGUGGUGAUGAAUGCGAGAAGAAAACUUUUUCCUCUUUUUGCCUUGUAGCUGUAAUGAAGAAGAAAGGAUGGGGAGGGAGAAAGGCAGCAAAUGAUGAUCAGGGAGCAAACAGCAUUCUUGAAAUAGACAGUAAGGUAGUCUCUUGAAUGUUCACAAUGUCCUGAAAGCCUAGUCCAAAAUUUUUAUAUAAGCAGUAUUAAUUUUGCGGUGUUGCUAUUUGUCAGAAAGAAGAGUUGACUUUUUCUUCUCAUACUUUUGGGCCGCAGAUUCUCCUUUUAUAUCAUCACCAUGUGUUCAAAGACUCCAAAAUAAUAAGGAAUCCUCUAAGCAAUACAAGUACUGCGUAACAAAGUAUGUCUCUGUAAUGUAUCUUCUUUCAGUGUUUCAGUGUUUCAGAUGUGCCAUUAUACAAGUCUUGUUCUUUUCUAUGCUUCUCCUUACUGCAGGUGGGUUUUCUACACAAAUAUUGAACAACAACAUAGCAUUUUCUGCUUGUGAUCUUUGGAGGAUAGCAUAAAAAGCCUACACAUCCGCACAGUUGAUAGCCUUCUUUGAUUUAGAGAAUGUCAGAUAUGUAAAGCCAUUUGUGGUUAUCAACACGUAGAUAUAACAAACAGCACUUGUAUCUAAGGGCUUUCCUGCUGUUCUUGGAUAGAGACACUUAUGACAGUCUUAAUGUUUGAGCUUCUUGUAUGACAAAUUAAUUAGUAAUUACCAGGGCAAUAAAACAACUCCUGUCACAUGUUUGUUUGCCUUGAUGUAGUCCUCACACAUGUGAGGCAAUACAUACAACUACAGGACAAAUUAAGCACACUGUUCUAAGACAGUGAAUUUUGAUAUCCUACAGUUCUGCUGUGAUGCCACUGCUGUCUUUCAGCCCACUAGCAAGUAGUAUUUGAGUCCAUGGCCACUGCUCUCUUUUGCAGGUAACCCUAAUUCACAAGUUACUCGCCGCUUUGUUUGCAUUUGCUACAACAUCCUGUCCUCAUCACAAUUUACUCCAAACGACCUAGAUUUACUUUGGAAGAGAAAUAGGAUAAUAAUCAUGUAAGUGUGACAGAAGCAAGGUUGGGUUACUGGUGGGCAACAUCUUGCAUUAAGUUGUAUUUGGAAAAGGUGAAGGUAAAUAUAACAGGGUAGACCAAAUAGCUUUGACUCCUGACCAGAGGUCAGCUCUCCCAUCUUGUAGGUCCUUUCCAACCUUGUGAUUCCAUGAUUCUAUGAUUCUAUAAUUCUAUGACUUGCUGCAAUAACUAACUGAUUUGAAAGUUUAAGGAAAAAGUUAACUCUCCACAUUCUAUAGGCUUCUUGUCCAUGUAGAAUUUGGUCUAAAAAUUUUCUGGUUAGGGGUUAGAGCUUCAUUUUAAGUGUUAACAGUGUAUAGAAAACUUCAGCUUGGAUGAUUGUAAACUAUGGAAACUAAUUUAACUGCUAUUUUGAAAUAAACUCACUGAUCAAAUAAAGCAUUCAAAAUGUGUCAUA